AUGGCUUCCUCAGACGUCCACGUCCGAAUAUGUGAACAAGAAAUCCUCAAAUAUGACCUGGAAAUCAAAGCUCUCAUCCAGGACGUUACUGAGUGCACAGGCCCUCAAAGCAAGCUGACAGAGCUGAACGCGGAUGUGAAAAAGAGUUUCCACAAUCUCAGGUUGCGGAUUCAGGAUUUUGAGCAGAUAGCUAUGGAGCAGGACAAAGAGUCAGACAAGCAAGCUCUGAUCAGUCAGGUAGACGGACACAGAAAACAGAUGCUGAGCAACCAGACUGGUUGGAGGAAAGCCAACCUGGCCAGCAAACUGUCCAUAGACAAUAUGGAAAAGCAGGCACUUCUUCAUGGAGCAGAAGGUGGUUUGAGACAGAGGAAGAUGACCAAAGAGGGUCUGGCCCAGACAACCAGUGACAUUACAGAGAAUCUUAUGAGCAUCAGCCGGAUGAUGGCGCAGCAGGUUCAGCAGAGUGAGGAGACCAUGACGUCACUAGCAACCUCCUCAAGGACAAUCCAAGAGACCAAUGAGGAGUUUAAGACCAUGACGGGAACCAUCCAGCUCGGGAGGAAACUCAUCACCAAGUACAACCGCAGAGAGCUCACUGACAAACUGCUCAUCUUCCUGGCGCUCGCCCUCUUCCUCGCCACAGUUCUCUACAUCCUCAAGAAGAGACUGUUCCCCUUCCUAUAGACCAGGUACCUUUCUAAGGAGCUCUCCCAUAACAACAUACAGCACUUUCCAUGGUCAGCGCAAACGAUUUAAACAACCCUGACUGCCGCGUGUCA